CACUCGGCCGGCGGGAGCGGCGGGGCCGUGCCGUGCGGUGCCGGAGGGGCCGCACGAUGUACACGCUGACGCGCGGCCCCAGCAAGCUGGCCACGCAGCGCCGCACAGGUCCCACGCAGCAGCCGGUGGAGAGCAAGGUGGGCGAGCCGCGGGGCCGGCUGCAGCCCGGAGCCUGGCCCCCCGCCUGCCCAGCCCAGAAGCUCAUCUUCAACAGAGUGAACGGCAAACGGCCUCAGGUGCUGCUGUCACAAACCUCUGUGCCCCAGGAGAGCUACACAGCUGCACACGAGGAGAACGUCCGCUUCAUCUACGAAGCCUGGCAGGAGGUAGAGCAGCAGCUGGACGGGGGGCAGAGGGGGGAGAGCGCCCGUGGGCCUGUGCAGUACGUAGAGAAAACCCCGGACCCCAAGCUGAAAGACUUUGUUCCCAUUGACCUGGAGGACUGGUGGGCACAGCGAUUUCUGGCCACAGUUUAAAAACUGCUCAUAAAAGGGAAGACGGUCUUUUUCACUGUUUUUUUUUUUUUUCCUUUUCUAAAAAACAAAACAAAAAAAACCGAUA